AUGGCGCUUGUCUUAGACUAUUCCUCCACAUAUACGGCAGUCUGGAGAUGGGUCGUUGUGCCAUUGACGGAAGCGGAUCUCGUUGGUAGCCAGUUUGUUGUGGAUAUAUCGCUACCAGAUGGUUCUGGCAUUAUGGGGGAUUUCAGCCUGCGAAAACCGUUUCCAAGCGGCUUUUGUGCCGUGGCGACGUGUGGCUGGAAGUGGCUUCUGGAAGAAGGCUCGGAGGUCUUUAGAGGAGGCAGUAGCGAGAGUAGGAUACCUUGUGACCAGCCUGUGGAAGCCUGGCAGAAGUUUGGGGCCUCCAAAAACAAGGCGUAG